AUGGAGGCUUUGGUAUGCCGGAAAUUGGGAGAUCCGACGGCGACGGAGACUGGGAGUCCUGAAUCGCCCGUGGAGGUGAGUAAGAGCUACCCGAUCCCGCCUUUGAGCUCAGAUACGGCGGUGAGAGUCAAAGUUACAGCUACGAGCUUGAAUUACGCGAAUUACCUUCAGAUUCUCGGAAAGUACCAGGAGAAGCCUGCGUUACCUUUCAUCCCUGGCUCCGAUUACUCCGGAAUCGUCGACGAGAUCGGCCCCGCCGUCACCAAAUUCCGCGUGGGCGAUCGUGUAUGCUCCUUCGCCGCUCUUGGUUCCUUCGCUCAGUUCAUCGUCGCCGAUCAGUCUGGCCUGUUCCUUGUACCAGAAAGAUGUGACAUGGUCGCUGCAGCUGCACUUCCUGUUGCGUUUGGGACUUCUCAUGUAGCACUCGUCCAUAGAGCUCGUCUAACAUCUGGUCAGGUAUUAAUGGUUCUAGGCGCUGCUGGUGGCGUUGGUCUUGCUGCUGUUCAAAUCGGAAAGAUUUGUGGAGCCAUUGUCAUUGCAGUUGCCAGAGGGACUGAGAAGAUUCAGCUGUUGAAGUCAAUGGGAGUGGAUCAUGUUGUUGAUUUGGGCAGUCAAAAUGUAAUUUCAAGCGUGAAAGAGUUCAUCAAGGCAAGAAAGCUUAAAGGAGUCGAUGUGCUAUAUGACCCUGUAGGAGGGAAACUCACCAAGGAGUCCAUGAAAGUUCUCAGCUGGGGAGCUCAGAUUCUGGUGAUCGGUUUCGCCAGCGGCGACGUACCCGUGAUUCCCGCCAAUAUAGCCCUUGUUAAGAACUGGACGGUUCAUGGUCUCUACUGGGGCAGCUACAGAAUUCACCAACCAAAAGUCCUUGAAGAUUCCAUCAGAGAGUUACUUUCAUGGCUUGCCAGAGGAUUGAUCACCAUUCAUAUUUCUCAUACCUAUAGCCUCUCUCAGGCCAAUCUUGCAUUUGGGGCUAUCAAAGACAGGAAGGCAAUCGGGAAAAUACUAGAGGAGCCAAAAGAAGAUGAAAAAGGUCCUUCAGUGCAAGAAACCGUCGAGAAAGCGAACGACAAGUUGUCUGAUCAGCACAAGCGCCUCUCAGUCCGGGACCUCGCCAGUAAAUUUGACAAGAAUUUGGCUGCAGCUGUUAAUUUAGCUGAUGAGGCUAAGUUAAGAGAGGUGGCUUCUUUGGAAGGACAUGUAAUGUUGAAGAAGCUUAGGGAUGCUUUAGAAUACAUGAGAGGACGCACGGACGGUCAAGACAAGGAAGAUGUGGAGAAAGCUAUCUUUAUGGUUGAAGCACUAGCUGUCAAGUUUAACUCAGAAUGA